UUAACUCUCGCUUGUUCCCGCAUCGGCUCUUGUUUCGACGUCCCAUGAUCAUUCAGCACCUGCAGCUUCUUUCAAAGGCAAGCACUUCGACGCCUGCCCACCCAUCGACUCCCGGCACUCGACUCGUUCUCCCUUCAACAAGAUGGUGGCCCCGGUGGGUAUCAAGGGCGACGGCCCUUGGGCGUUGGGCGUCAUGUGGACGUUGACCUCGCUCGUCUUGUUCUUCCUGUUGCUGCGGCUCUACACUCGCGUCGUCUGUCUUGCAUCAUACGGCCUCGACGACCACGUUUACCUUGUCGCCUUUAUCUUCCUCGUUAUCUUUACCGUUUUCACCACGUUGGCGGGCACCUAUGGCUUUGGGCAAUCGAUGGAAGAAAUAGGGAGAAUGGACGCGGUCGUCCAGGCGACACUAUACGAGUGCAUCGGACAAGGCUUCGCCAUUGUCGGCAUGGCCAUUGCCAAGGCCUCACUGGGCUUCUUCUUGCUUCGUCUCGUCACCAUCUACUGGCACCGCAUUGCCAUCUGGUGUGCCAUGACUCUGGUCAUGCUAGCUUCCAUCGCCCAGGUCCUUUGCUUUUGGCUCUCCUGUGUCCCCCUCGACUUUGUCUACGACCGCCGCAUCCCGGGCGGAUACUGUCCCAUCGACACACGGCCGACGUCGUACAUUUUGUGCAUUUCCACCAUCUUGGUCGACUUCUUCUUUGCCAUCUUCCCGUGGAUUAUUGUAUGGCCGCUUAAGAUGCCGCAACGUGAAAAGUACACCAUCGCUGGUAGUAUGAGUCUCGGCUUGAUCGCUGCGGCCGCCGGCAUCAAACGCACCACCGAAGUGGAAGGCCUCUACACCCCUAACUACCUUAAGGACAGCGUUGGUUUAAUCGUAUGGUCCUCAGCUGAGAUGGCCAUCACGCUCAUCUGUAUCGGAAUCCCCGUCUGCCGCCCCCUGUACAAGCGGGCGUUCCGGCGCUUGUUCGGCGAGACGUCAUCGGCCGGGUACCAGAAGCAAUCAGGCAACGACGAGAACAGCAACUCGGUUCCGCUGCGCACCAUCGGCGGCGGGCUCGUUGGCACCGACGGAAAGCCCAUCGUCGGCUCCAAGCAGAAACCCAGCGCCAACAACUCGCGCAACAAGUCCGGCCUGGACGACACCUGCCUCGACAAGACGGCCAACGGCAGCAACGACGACAUAAGCUUCAGCGACGUCAAGCUGGGCGUCAACGGGCCCUUCACCCGCACCACCGCCAUCGGGAGGGGGAGGCGGGAGAGCGGGGACAACGCGUCGGAAGAAGAAAUCCUCGGGGACGAAUACCGGCGGAGCCAGAUACAGAGCGCGCGGCGGUCCGACGAGGAGCGCGACGUGUCUACCGGUGGCACCGGUGGGGGGAGAGGCCCUGCUAACGGACAGACCGGGCACAACGGGAUCGUCGUCACGGAGUCGUACCGCGUUGAGAGGUCUUAAGCUGCUUGGUUGGGGGUUAUUGCAUUUCGAGGGGUUUGGAACUCGGUAAGAGUGACCACGAACUCGCCAUAAAUUUGGAUUUUGGGAUCUUGUUCAAUAGAGGCCUCGGACCGAGGUUGCUUCCUGGACGGUUUCAGGAUUGGAGUUUUGUCUUUCUUCUCAUACCCGGCUUUUCACCAAGGGGCAUGUAUGCUUUAUUAUGUAUAAUACGCAAAAGUUACGGACGAUAACGAAUUAACAUUACCUUCGACCUUA